AUGCCACGCAGAAGAAGACCAGGGCGCGCCGAGGACAGAUACUGCACCUUCCCCUCCCUCCACGAAGACGUCACCGCCCUCCUCCAGGAAGAGGACCUACACUUUGGCUUCCACGACAGGGACGACCCGGCCGACAGCCUCAAGGAGUAUGACACCAACAUCAUGGGCCGCUUCGUCUGCCGCAACGGCGGCUGCCGCAGCAAGGGCUGGUCGAGCAAGAAGAUCGCCAUCACCAUCAGGAUGUACCCGGGCGCAGAGUACAACGCGCGCGUGUACAAGCAGCGCUGCCGCGACUGCGACUGUCUAGGGGACCUGCAGCUGGAGCACGGCGGGUCGUACGCGGACAGGGUCGCGUACCGCAUCAAGAAGUGGUGCGGUGUGCCUAUAGAGCCUCCGCCCUACAUGGAGGGCCAGGGCCAGGGACCGCAUCGGAGGCACCGGUGCGAGGGAUGCAGGGCUGGACGGUGCAGGGAGGGCAUGCUUGGUGGUGUGUAG